AUGGCUGCCAUUUCGGCAUCGCCGAGGAAACAUUUCUUGGAUUUGCCUUGGGAAGACAUCUUAUUCCCUCGUGUUCUUCCACACCUUCCUCUGAGACAGCUCUUGAGCCUGCAAAGAGUCAGCAAGUGUUUCCAGAAUCUAAUCCAGCUUUACCUUACCAACCUGCGUUGUUUUGAUUCUAGUCAGGUUGGAUCUCCUAUCCCCAAAGCUGCAUUCUGUAUCCUAUUAAGAGACAAUAAAGUGCUGCAGCAACUAGCCUUGCAAAACUGUUCUGACUGGCUAUCCGACAAGGAACUGCUUCCUGUAAUUGGUCAAAACCAUCAGUUGCAACAGAUUGAGCUGAAUGGCUGCCUGCAGCUGAGCCGCCAUGCUUUGGUGGCCAUCUCUUUGGGCUGCCCCAAUUUACGUCAGCUUUCCUUGGCCCAUUGCGAAUGGGUGGAUGGACUCUCCUUGCGGAGCCUCGCCGAUCACUGCAAAGAGCUUGAAUCUCUAGACCUCACAGCCUGCCGACAACUGAAAGAUGAAGCCAUUUGCUACCUUGCUCAGAGAUGCCACAACUUAAAGUCGCUUUCGCUGGCUGUUAAUGCAAAUGUUGGCGAUAUGGCCAUCGAAGAAAUUGCCAAAGCCUGUUCUGAUCUGGAGCACUUGGACCUCACGGGCUGCCUACGAGUUAAGAACAACUCCAUUAGGACCUUGGCAGAAUACUGCCCUAAGCUGCGUGCCUUGAAGGUGAAGCACUGUCAUAAUGUUGCAGAAUCCAGCCUGAGCAUCUUGCGUAGCCGUGGAGUGGAGUUGGAUGUUGAACCUCCAUUUCAACGUGCCCUAGUUCUCUUACAGGAUGUAGUGGGCUUUGCCCCGUUUAUUAAUCUUCAGAUCUAAUGAAAAGA